AUGUUGGACGUCACAGCUUCUCGAUUCUACACCACGCCGCUCACAACACCACCUUCCAACCCGGAUGCAAUGCCCACCCAGCGCAGAUACCACUACCUCGACUACCGUCCGCCUGCCGGUGUUCCCGAGACAGCCACGCUGCUUCUCCUCCACGGUUUCCCAGACUUCUCGCACGGAUGGCGCAGUGUCAUCGCACCGCUCCGGCUCGCCGGCUUCCGUCUGAUCGUUCCUGACCUGUUGGGCUACGGGCUGAGCUCGGCGCCACCUACUUCUUCUGCAACGGCACCUGCCGGAACGCCUUCACGCCUCGCCGAGUAUGGUGGUCGUGCCAUCUCGAUCGACCUCAACGGCUUGCUCGACCAUGCACAGGCUGCAAAGGGAUCUGAAUACGGCGCAGAGCAUCUCACUUCGGAUGGCAAGAAAGGCCGUGUUAUCGUACUGUGUCACGACUGGGGAUCGUGGCUUGGGUGGAGGUUCGCACAGUGGUAUCCAGACAGAGUCAUGGGCGUCUGCGGUCUCUGCGUUCCCUUCCAAGCACCCACCUCCAAACCUAUCCCCAUCGAUAUGGUGCUCAAGAGUGUUCCCAGCUUCGGCUACCAGAAGUUCUUCUCCGAGGAACGCAGCACCAAGAUCAUCGAGCAGCAUCUCGAUCGUUUCCUCGCCAUCAUCUAUAUGAUCCCCGGUCUGUUUUCAGCCGACUCGGCCAACGAAGAGGAGGUGCGAGAUUGGCAUCUCGAAGGAAAGCUCGAGCGACUGCUCACCAUGCCCGAGUUCUCGGACAUCCCGCUCAAGUACCUCGGACGCAGCAUCCUCGACAAGCAGCAGCUGGACGAGUACAUCACCGUCUUCCGCAGUCGUGGCAUGGAAGGUCCUCUCAGCUGGUACCGUACGCGCGAGAUCAACUGGCAAGAGGACAGAGCUUUGACCUCCAAGACUUUGCCGGAAUCGUUGCCGGCCUUGCUGAUCAUGCCCAAGGACGAUGUAGCUGUGCCGCCAGCGUUGGGUAAGACCAUGAAGAAGCACGUACCCCAGACCGAGUUCGUCGAGGUGGCGGGAAGCGGUCACUGGGUUCAGAACGAGGUGCCUGGUGUGGUGGUGCAGACGUUCAAACAGUGGGUGGAGAGAAGCGUCUUGCCCAACGAGAAGAAGGGAAGUGGCAUGCUGGGUUGGCUUCGAAGCAAGCUGUGA